CAACAGAGCUUUUGCGCGCCAAAACACUGAAAACAAUCCCGAGUUUCCUUCAUGCAAUUGGAAUCAUAGAGGAGGCGAUGUAGAUGGCUUCACCAUCUCUACGUCUAGACGAAGAUGAUUUCGACUGGGAGGCGGCCGUUCGUGAGGUUGACAUUGCCUGCCAAUCAACCUUUUCUCCUACCAUUAAUGACGGGGGGAUCGCUUCAAUUCCGCCAUCUAUUGGGGCACCUGCUUUUGUGGAAUCGGGGAGCGGAGCUUGCCCUAGGCCGGCGGUGCACCUAGGCAGGGCACGGCAGUCCACUCUCGAUAGAUACGUGGAUAGUUUUGAGAAAGAAAAGAGUCAGUUUUGCUUGCAGGAGAAUGCGGCAGAGGCGAGUUGCGUAAGAGACGAUGUUUCAGAGGUGGGAGAUGGAGCUCCGGCAGUUAGUAUUGAUCUUGAAGCCGCCAAAACCUGGGUUUAUCCAGUUAAUAUCCCCCUUCGUGAUUACCAAUUCUCAAUUGCUAAAAAUGCUCUAUUCUCAAAUACAUUGGUGGCGUUGCCAACUGGCCUUGGCAAGACUCUCAUUGCAGCUGUUGUAAUGUAUAACUACUUUAGAUGGUUUCCUAAAGGUAAAAUUGUAUUUGCUGCUCCUUCGCGGCCUCUUGUGAUGCAGCAGAUUGAAGCAUGCCACAACAUUGUUGGGAUCCCUCAGGAAUGGACAAUUGAUAUGACAGGUCAGAUGAGUCCUCCAAUGCGGUCAAGAUUUUGGAAAGCUAAGAGAGUAUUCUUUGUCACUCCACAAGUUUUUGAAAAGGACAUUCAAUCUGGCAUAUGCUUGGUGAGACAACUUGUCUGUAUUGUUUUUGAUGAAGCACAUCGAGCUAUGGGAAACUAUUCUUACUGCGUUGCAGUUCGAGAGUUAAUGGCCAUACCCGUGCUGCUAAGAAUUUUAGCUUUGACUGCAACGCCAGGAUCAAAACAUCAGACAAUUCAGAAUGUCAUUGAUAACUUAUGCAUUUCAACCCUUGAGUAUCGUCAUGAAAGUGAUUCUGAUGUAAGUCCAUACGUGCACAGCAGGAAACUUGAAUUAAUAGAGGUCCCAAUGGGCAAGGAUGCUAUUGGAAUCUAUGGCAUGCUUUUACAGGCUAUACAACCAUUUGUUGCUCGCCUUAGUGCCAUUGGAGUACUUCCUCAGAGGGAUUUCUCGACGUUGAGUCCUUCCGAAAUACUUCAUUUAAGGGAUAGAUUUCGUCAAGCACCGCCACAUAGUUUGCCUUCUUCAAAGUAUGGAGAAAUAGAGGCAUAUUUUUGUGCUCUUAUCACCUUUUAUCACAUAAGGAAGUUACUUUCAAGCCAUGGUAUUAGGCCAGCUUAUGAGAUGCUCCAGGAGAAGUUAAACCAUGGGUCGUUUUCAAAGCUUGUUUCUAAAAUUGAGGUCUUUUGGAAAGCGAAGCAGUUGAUGCUGCAAAGCUUGUCUCAUGGUGCCCCCACUCCCAAAAUGGUUAAGUUGUUGGAAAUUUUGGUUGAUCAUUUCAAAACAAAAAAUCCCAGUGACUCAAGGGUUAUAAUUUUCUCAAACUUCAGGGGAAGUGUUAGAGAUAUAAUGAAUUAUUUAUCCAGCCUAAGGGACAUGAUUAAAGCCACGGAGUUUAUAGGGCAAAGCUCAGGGAAAACCUUGAAAGGGCAGACUCAGAAAGUGCAGCAAGCAGUUUUAGAGAAAUUUCGUUCUGGUGGAUACAAUGUCAUUGUUGCAACAUCAAUAGGUGAAGAAGGUCUUGAUAUCAUGGAUGUUGACCUCGUCGUCUGCUUCGAUGCCAAUGUAUCACCCCUUAGAAUGAUCCAGCGCAUGGGACGAACUGGAAGGAAGAAUGAUGGCCGAGUUGUUAUUCUAGCUUGUGAAGGGUCUGAGUUGAAGGCAUAUUUGAAGAAACAAGCUAGCAGUAAAGCUAUGAGGAAGCAUAUGCAUAAUGGAGGAAUCAAAAGCUUUAAUUUCCAUCCUAGUCCUCGAAUGGUUCCACAUAUGUGUAAACCACAAGUUCAGUAUCUUGAAAUGUCAAUAGAACAGUUUAUUCCUCGUGGAAAGAAUGCGAAGAAUGCGACCAUAGAUAGAUCACAACCUACAAGAAAUGUAUCUGUUGAGGAACUAAAUCUAAUCUCAAAGUACUUUCCUCAGUCCGAAGUUUUUAUGUGGAAACCAUCUCUCAUCGCCUUUCCCAGCUUUCAAACGUUUCCAUCUCAAGUAAGUAGAGUGAAACAUUCGUUCAAAACGACAUCAAUGUUCAUUGACGCCAUGCAACAUCUUCAAGGACUCACAAUUUCUAAAGUAAAUGGAGAUGGUUUUAUUGAGGUUGAGAUCUCAAGGCAGCAACACGAUGAAUUUACGUCAUCGCACGACUCUGUUUUCCAUUGCACCGCCGACAUUGAUGGUGCCCCAUUUCAAGAACCCACCGACAAAGCUUUGGAGGUCGAAGUUGGUUCUCCUGGUCCUCACCCUGAUGUCCAGAAGACAAAACCUCAUCACUUCCUCUUCAGCGAAGGUUCUGUAAUCCUAAACCCCUCAGGAAGCGUUCUCAUUACUUAUGUUCCUGUUCUUCCGCACAACGGAUCCAAAUAUUACAAAGAUAUCUCGAAUGGAAACAAUUUAUUAAAUAAAGGUAUUAAAUUUAAGUACACAAGCCCCAAGGUAUCCGAAAAGCCAACCAUAGAGGUGGAAGAUCCUAAUGGACCACCAUCUAGUUCAUUCAUUCAAGUGAUCCAAAACAUGCCAGAGGAUGUGGAACAUGUAUUUAAAUCACCGGGCUGUAAGCCAAAAUAUCGAGAAUCUGAUGAACCCGUGUCUCGAACAAAUAGUGAUAAGGAAGUUGUUUUGCUUUCAUCUGUUGGUGGAUCGAGAAAUGAACCAAUCAUUACUGAGCUGAGUCCCAGGCUGACUCAUUUCAUCCAGGAAGGAAUCGUUCCUGAGUCUCCAGUUCUAAACGUCGAUCAUCGUGCACCGACUGUCGAAAAAAGCCGUUUUUCAAGCUACAAUUUGGAGCAUGAUAAAGAUAAUAAAUGUCAUGGCCCGAUAAAUACAAAUAAGCUUUCAAGUGAUGGGUUAGCAUCACAUUCUACUGCUGUAUUUGACGCUGUUUGUGAAAAUAAUUCACGUAUUCCUUUCAUUGCUCGGCCUAAUAUUGUUGAUAUGUCUAGCGUGCUGUCAAAAGAAACUGGCGUGUGUGUGAAGGAAACAAAAGGAGUAACAAACAACAUGCUUGAAACUAUGAGUGGUAGUAACAUUGCCUGUGCAAUAAAUGAGGCAGUUCAUACUCCUAAGACUAUGAAACUCAGCUCAAGUGAGGAUUGGAAGUGUGAUUCUGGAGAAGCUUCAGUUUCGUUCUUUCAAGCUCGUAAAUAUAAGCGGUUACGCAAACAUGGAGAUGUAGUCAGAAACCUUCCUGCCAGGACUUUGCACAAAAAGUUUAAAUUGGUUGAGAAAACCUGUGGCAGCACCAUGAAUAUUCAGGAUGACAAAUUAAAUCAUGGCUAUGAUGGGAAAGAAAAAGCAGUAAGACGUGUUGAUGCCUUCAUUGAGGAGGAAGCUGAGGUGUCCGAUGAUGCAUCUAUUUCGGAGGAUGAGCUUGGUGAUGGAAUAGAUGACAGAUACGACGACAGCUUCAUCGAUGAUAGACUAAAUCCAACAGUUGGAUCUACAGAAGCAGAAAAUAGUGAAGUUGAUAUGAUAGCUUUUUACAG